AUGAGUCUUAGGGCCCAUGAUUCACCGGAAGUGACCCAGUGCGAGCUGGAGGCGUUGCUCACGCCUCCCUGCAAGGGAGGCGAUUCGCUCUUCAGAGACGACACACCCAGCUUCAACGGAUUCUCCGAUGCCCAGACCAGUAGAUUCGGUUCAAAUGGCGAAGCGAGAAAGUGUUUAUUUUCCGGAAAGCGAUCUGCGGACUGCAAUAUAUCCGAUUCUCCGUUACGAAUCCAGAAAAAGUUCAAAGAUGGACACACUCAGGUUGUCAGACAUGAUCUUCAAAGCAGCUUUCAUAUUUUCAAGGCAGUAGAAACCCUUGAGUCGCGUAAUAUGAUUGCAGAUGGGUCACGUGAUUACGCAUUACCAACAAUUCCUGGUCAGCAGCGGGAUCUUAGGUCGAUAUCACCGGAAGUGAUGGCUGAUGUUGUCAGCGGACACUACAAUUACGUGUUCAGUGACGUCACGAUUGUCGAUUGUCGUUACCCGUACGAGUUUGAAGGCGGUCACAUCAAAGGGGCGGUCAAUCUCUUUACUAGAGAUGGCGUCAAUGCUCUUCUUCAUAAACCCGUUAGUGGAGACAAACGUCACGUGCUCAUAUUCCACUGCGAAUUCUCAUCUGAGAGAGGACCCAAGAUGUACCGUUUCCUGCGCAGUCAGGACCGCGAGCUUUACAAGGAUCAGUACCCCACCCUACUGUUCCCCGAGAUGUACCUGCUCCAUGGCGGAUACAAGGCAUUCUUCAACAAGUUCAAGAAAUUAUGCGACCCGGAGGCAUACAUGCCUAUUCUGCACGAGGAUCAUGUUACCGAUCUGCGUCAUUUCCGGGUCAAGUCUAAAUCGUGGACCGCGGGAGAAAAACACUUCUCAAGCAGACGUCAUCGCAGUCGAAUUGGGCGCCAUCUUAGCUUCGGAGACAAUGACGCGUCGUGA